AUGCCUUACCCCGAGGAAGCUGAGGGUUUCCAGGUCGAUGGACCUGCAAGCUUUACCGAGUUUCACAAGCGCUUCUUCAAGCUGAAGCCUUUUGGUGACUAUGAUGUCGAUGUCAAGAUCGAGGCUUGCGGUGUCUGUGGUAGUGACGUGCACACCAUCAGCGGAGGAUGGGGCCAGCAAAUGUUCCCUCUCUGUGUUGGCCACGAAAUCAUCGGCCGAGCAGUCCGCGUCGGACCCAAAGUAACCCUCAUCAAAGAAGGCAGCCGGGUCGGCGUAGGUGCGCAGUCCUACUCCUGUGGCACCUGCAAGCAAUGUAAAAACGAAAACGAAACAUACUGUCAAGUCCAAAUGAUGGACACCUACGGCUCGAAGUGGCCUGAGACAGGCAUUAUCAGCCAAGGCGGAUACUCCUCACACGUGCGCACCCACGAGCAUUGGGUCUUCCCAAUUCCAGACGCGUUGGAGAGCAACACCGUCGCGCCGAUGCUGUGCGCCGGGUUGACGGCUUAUUCGCCGCUUGUGCGGAACGGCGCUGGGCCUGGAAAGAAGGUUGGUAUUGUUGGCCUUGGGGGUAUUGGGCAUUUCGGUGUUAUGUUUGCUAAGGCGCUUGGUGCGGAGACUUGGGCUAUUUCGCGGUCCAGGGCCAAGGAGGCUGAUGCGCGCAAGCUUGGGGCUGAUGGGUAUAUCGCUACUGCUGAGCAGGGGUGGGAGAAGGAGCAUCUUUGUUCUUUUGAUUUGAUUAUCAACUGUGCUAAUUCUUCGGAGGGCUUUGAUUUGGCCAAGUAUUUGUCUAUGAUGGAUGUUCAUGGGCGUUGGAUUAGUGUUGGCCUUCCUGAGGAGGACGGGCAAGUUAUUAAGGCUCAGAACUUGAUCUCCAAUGGUGUGCUUAUUGGUGCUAGUCACUUGGGUUCUCGGAGGGAGAUGCUUGAGAUGCUGCAGCUGGCUGCUGAGAAGCGUCUUAAGGGUUGGGUUGAGGAGAUUGCUAUUGGUGAGGAGGGCCUUAAGGAGGCUAUGUUGCGGAUGAAGAAGGGUGAUGUUCACUAUCGCUUCACUCUGACUGGAUAUGAGAAGAUCUUUGGUUAA